UGAGAGCGAGCGAUCUGCCGUGCUUUCCCCUCCUCCCCGGCUGGGAAAAGGGGGUGUCCCUGCCUUCCAUGAGGGGAAUUGUGUGUCCCUUCACCUCCCCUGACCCUCAGUCCUGCGGCAGUAAUCCUGAUGUUAACUAUUUCACCAUUGAAUCAUUGUACCAGUAAGAAGCAGAUAAUGACACCAGAACAGAGUCCAGUGAAUUCCCUCAUCGACAGGACCAUCAAGAUGAGGAAGGAGUCUGAAGCUCGGAAAGUGGUCUUGGCCUGGGGACUCCUUAAUGUGUCUGUUGCAGGCAUGAUAUAUACUGAAAUGACUGGAAAACUUAUAAGCUCGUAUUACAACAUCACAUACUGGCCACUCUGGUAUAUUGAACUUGCACUUGCAUCUCUGUUCAGCCUGAAUGCCUUAUUUGAUUUCUGGAGGUACUUCAAAUACACAGUGGCACCGAUGAGCUUGGUCAUGAGUCCUGGCCAGCAGACCCUGCUGGGGUUGCAGAAUGCAGCGGUACAAACAACUCCACCACGUGAGCUGGCAACAAAGAAAGUCCCGUCUUCGACACCUUCUCCUCCGAUCCAGGGUCAAAGCGUGUUGAGUUACAGCCCGUCCCGCUCCCCCAGUGCCAGCCCAAAGUUUACUACCAGUUGUAUCACAGGGUACAGCCCUCAGUUACAGGCUCUGUCAAGCAACAGCACUUCUUACGGCAGUGCUGUAACCUACUCACCAAGCAGCAGCUACAACAAGGCUUCCAGCUUCAGCCCCUCUCCUGGUGGAUCACCGUACCCUAUGAGUAUUGGACCAGUGGAAAGCGGCGGGCUAAGGUCUCGUUACCGCUCUUCACCCAUUCACUAUAAUUCUCCCACUGGCAAAGAAGACUAUAUGACAGAGCUCAAGUCACUGGACACCUUCCUUCGAAACGAAGAAGAGAAACAGCACAGAGUUCAACUAGGAAGUUCAGAUUCCAGUUCUCCUUCCAGCAGCCCAACUUUUUGGAACUACAGCCGUUCCAUGGCAGACUACGCACAGAUGCUGAGAAAGUUUCAGUAUCAGCUGGCUUGCAGGUCCCAGGCUCCAUCUGCACACAAGGACGAAGCUGAUCUGAGUUCAAAACAGGCUGCAGAAGAGGUCUGGGCACGGGUGACAAUGAACCGGCAGCUCCUUGAUCACAUGGAUUCCUGGACCGCUAAGUUCAGAAAUUGGAUUAAUGAGACUAUUCUGGUGCCACUUGUCCAAGAGGUCGAGUCUGUGAGCACUCAGCUGAGAAGAAUGGGGUGUCCAGAAUUGCAGAUCGGAGAAGCCAGCAUCAGCAGUCUGAAGCAGGCAGCGCUCGUUAAAGCUCCGCUCAUUCCAACCCUGAAUGCUAUAGUGCAGUAUUUGGAUCUUACACCAAACCAGGAGUAUUUGGUCGAAAGAAUCAAAGAGCUUUCUCAGGGAGGAUGCAUGAGUUCAUUCCGAUGGAACAGAGGAGGGGAUUUCAAAGGCCGCAAGUGGGACACCGACUUGCCCACUGACUCCUCUAUCAUUAUGCACGUAUUCUGCACUUACCUCGACUCCAGGCUGCCACCUCACCCCAAGUAUCCCGACGGCAAAACCUUCACUUCCCAACACUUCAUUCAGACACCAGAUAAACCAGACACUUCAAAUGAAAACGUGUUUUGCAUCUACCAAAGCAGCAUCAAUCCGCCCCACUACGAGCUGAUCUACCAGCGCCAUGUCUACAACCUACCCAAGGGCAGAAACAACAUGUUCCAUACCUUGCUUAUGUUUCUGUAUAUCAUAAAGACAAAAGAAUCCGGCAUGCUGGGGCGUGUCAAUCUUGGUUUAUCGGGAGUCAACGUUCUGUGGAUUUUCGGAGAGUAACAUCUCCAGCGGGAUGCCGAUUCAGAGGAACGAUGCUCCUCUGGCAAGAUGAACUGGGC